AUGGACAAGAUUAUGAAUGCCGCCCAGGAGUACCUUGAGAGGGACGACGACAGCAAGUCCAAGCAACAGCAGGGCUACGAAUCUCACGGCGGCAACUACCCCGCGGGCGGUGGAGCUUUUGCCGACGACGACGACGACGACGAUGAUUAUCGUCACGCCGCCAACGAGGCUUCACGCCACGCGGGUUCCCAUGGUGAUACGGACUUGUUCUCAAGUGUGCUGAGCGCUGUGACGCAGAAGAAGGCACAGCUUAGAAACGAGGACAUCGACGAAGAUGACGCCGUGAAGAAGCACAAAAAGUUCUUCGGCGGCGACGAUGACGGCGAGAAGGCCGACGACAAGGGCCUCGGUGUCGCAGCAGCGAUGCAGGCACUCAAGAUGUUCUCGAGCGGUGAGACGGGCGGCCAGAAGCAGAGCCAGGGCGGGUUCGCAGGUCUGGCCAUGGCCGAGGCCAGUCGGCUUUUCGACCAGCGCCAGUCGCAGGGUAAGGUCGCCGACGGCACGAGCAAGGAGUCGGCCAUUCAGCAGGCGGGCGAGAUGGCACUCAAGAUGUACUUCAAGAGCCAAGGCCAGCAGCAAAGCGGCAUCAUGGGCUUGGCGUCCAAGUUCAUGUAG